CCAACGCUCGACGAAACAGGCCCUAAGCCGUACCCAAAUCGAGAGAGCAAGCAGCUCAGGAAACGCCUUGACCAUUAACCAGAGCCAACCAACGCCACCAUUGUUGUAACUUGUUUAACUCUUUCUGGAGCUGAUUUCAGUCUCUUCUCUACCAAAUUUGAGCUUUCCCUAGAGCUUCUAAUGGCGGCCACUCGCUUGAACUCUCUUUCGCUUUCACAAGUCCCCUUUUCCCUCGCCACCCAAUCCAAUUGUUACAAUUUAGAACACAAAACUCUAUUCCUUCCCGUCAGCCCCCUUUUCGAGCUCAAGCUCGCAAUUAAGCGUUCUAAUGUCACCCAUUCCGUCUCCAAGUUCACCCGCCGCGCCACCACUGCCACUGUGUCCUUUAGCCUCCCGGCUACGAAACCCGAGGGCGUUUCCCCUGACAAACUCCCAAAAUGGUCAGCUAGAGCAAUAAAGUCAUUUGCAAUGGCAGAAUUGGAAGCAAGGAAACUCAAAUAUCCAAAUACCGGAACAGAAGCUUUGCUAAUGGGAAUUUUAAUUGAGGGAACCAGCAUAGCUGCCAGAUUCUUAAGGGCUAAUGGAAUUACACUGUUCAAAGUAAGAGAAGAAACUGUUAAGCUACUUGGAAAAUCCGAUAUGUACUUCUUCAGCCCAGAGCAUCCUCCAUUGACCGAACCUGCUCAGAGGGCACUUGAUUGGGCUGUUGCGGAGAAGUUAAAGUCAGGUGAAUCUGGGGAAAUAACUACAGGUCAUUUGCUUCUUGGUAUUUGGUCAGAGGAAUCUGCAGGUCGCAAGAUCUUGGCCACCCUUGGCUUUGAUGAUGAGAAGGCGAAAGAGAUUGAAAAAUCUGUGGACAAGGAUGCAACUUUCAGUUAUAAGUAGCAGGAUCGUGUAGGAAGAUGUGAUGCGGUUUUCAUAUUUUCGUGGUUGGAAUCCUCACAAGGGAACCCCCAAAUGAGAUGAUACAGUUAUUUGCCUGUUUAAUCAGCACCAGCCCUUCAACAUAAUCAGCUUCAUUUUGCAUUGACUAUUGUUCGAACUUGUGGAGUACUGGUAUGGUACGCUACAUUUCAACGGUCUCAAAUUGCUUGCAGGACAUAGUUUUGUUAGUGGGGUCGUUCUUUUGGACAAGCAACUAAAGUUGAAAAGGAGUGAUCAUGAUUCACCCCUGCAAUUAAUACAUAAGAUUAUUAAUUUAGUCUUCGCAAGACAUGUCCUCGAUUCUCUUUUGUUUUUGAUAUUUAAACUUUUAUCUUUUAUGCUUCUAAAUUGAUGGGGUUCCACCUGCCAGAAUUCGAAUGCUCGUUACAUAUUCAUUCC